UGGUCCAUAUCCUUUGUCGAAGGGUCUAGUCUUAACGACAAAACCUAGUGAAUAGUUACGCAACUUUCACCGUUCCGAAAAUUUCUCAGUCUUACGUGAAUAUCCUUGUUAUGAGGACACGAAUUAUGUUCAUUCGUGUGGGAGAGUUCGUUAGAGGUUUUCAAUUAUUUUAACGGAACGUGCUUGCUUUUAACAUUGAUAUGUGAAUUUAGUGCGACCAGUGGUUGGAAAUGAUAUGAUUUCGGCAGGUUGUUUGAGGGUGCAAUUUGUUGAAAUGUAAAUCGGGAAUUUUGCGAUCCUGUGAGGUUUUAGUUCCGAAAAUGCUUUGCAACUAAUUUGUAAUUUCAUGUUGGAAGCUUGAGAAGUGAUAAAGGAGUGAGUACCGGUGAACUGCUCAGUUUAAGUUAGUGCGGGAGGAAUUAUGUGUAACUGAGGAUAGAGUGCGGCAGUGAAGAGAAGAUUGAACGCAACCCUCGUCUUACCGCUGAAGGAUUGAUUAGACUUACAAGGACUUCAGAUUUUCCAGAAAAAUGGAGACCAAACAACACCUGGCCAGCAUUGUGCCAACAUCCUCCAAUGCAGUGAAGUGAACCAAGUGAAAUUCCAAAACAAAAUGUAAUUCCCACUCUAAUAAUGUCGUUCCACACUAAGUUAAUUCUAAAAACCGACUAGAAUGAAAAGACAUAAAAUGUCUUCAGUUUUUCUAACCAAACUCCUAUUAGAUAUAAUAACCACAAGAUUUCGAUUUCGAACUUCAAAUUAUCUAAAUUGCCAUCACAAGGGCCUAGUUCCGUACGGUUGGUGGUAUCUGUUAACAAUAAUGAUCGCGGUCAGUGUUAGUAAUCAUAGUACGGUCAACGCUUUAAGAUGCUACUGUAAUCCGCAGGAAUGUGACGUUAUAAGAUCACAAGAUUGCCCCGGGAAAGGAUUCACCGUAUGGGAUCCAUGCAAGUGUUGUCGUAUGUGUGCCCGGACGUUGGGAGAAGCAUGCGGAGGACCAGGUGGAUUUUCCGGAACGUGUGAACCACCGUUGCAAUGUGUGGCACAGCUUCCACUUGUUGAUGGAUUAGGAGUUUGUAUGGAUCUUCCUGAAUCCACAUCAACAACAAUUUUAAAUUGUACAAAUGAAGAGACAAUAGUACUAGACGCAGGAUGCGAAAUAACAAAUAACAAAUGCCAAUGUUGGCCUGUUAUAAAAAUAUGUAAAGAAAACCGACCAUCGAGUGGCAGAUGGCAUUUUAGGACAUUAGAGGACUGUCAACUCAAUUUGCAGAAUUUAAUCAAAACAGAAAUGGAGUUCGAUGAAGAUUUCACAGUGUCGCCGCGAAGUUUUACAUAUCGAAAAGUGCGGGGGAAACGACGGCGCGUGAGGAAAAGAUAUUCAAGGAUCUAAAUUCCGAUAUACAUCGUAAUUCUGUUAAAUUUUAAGAGCCUAAUAAUUGUCAACGCUGAAAACGUAUAUACAUAAAUAAUAUUUAAAUAAAACCUUUACCUACGCGAAUUGCAAUAGACAUUGGAAAGCGAAGUGCAUCAAUUGAAACGAAAAGUAAUAUCGACUACAGGACUCAAACGAAACUGAAUUCAACCCAUCGAGUACUCAAGCGUGUUUCAACCCCCAACAGCAGCCGAAUCGUGCAUUUUUAAGGCAACGACUACCAACAGGCAUCCUCCACUUAUUGCCACCAUUCACCACAACCCAGAGCCAUAGAAAUAAUAAAACUCGCCUAAAUAUCUUCAAAUUCAGUUCGAUUUCAUUCUGCAGAUAAAACCAGCCUGAAAUAAAGUGAAUAAUGUAACCGACUUGCUACCAAGUUUCAAUAUAUCGCAUUGAAAUAAAACGAGGAGACACCCUCCUCUGUAUACCUUGGAACCACUCUCUUCAUAACAGCGAAUAAAUGUAAUAAGUGAAAAUAAUAAAGAUUAGAUAUAAAAGAAGAUAUAGAUAUAUAUAUUGUAUAGGUCUUAAGUUUAUAUAAAAAGUGUAUUGAAACUAAAAUGUGAAGGCAAAUAAUAAAUUAUUAUAUUGUGUUUAAGGCAAAAAGGAAGAAACUGUAAAAUAUGAAAUGUUAUAAAUAAUAUAAUGAAAUAAAGCUAUGCUC